CUAGAGCAACAGGAUGAUCCCUCCACAGGGACAGGGCAAGUUCUGAUUGAAUCUGGGGGGGAAAUACAUUAUUUUGCUUUUAUUCCAUCCCUUUUCUGUCGUAAGUGCAUUUUAUAAAGGGAUUUCAGUGGCAGAGAAUGAAUGUCGAAAUGAUCUGUUUACUGCUCUGUACUUGAGAGAGUGUGUGUUUGAGAGAAAGUAAGGGAUUAAUGAUUUGGCUUCCCUGACCAGCUUUCGUAGCGUGUGUGAUGGAGACACACGAUCAGGAAUACGUAGAGAGCUGAAAACAGUCAGGAGGAUUGGAGGGUGAGUUGAGUUGAAUGCAUAUAGCUAAAUCAAAGCAGGAUAUUACAACUCUAAUGAGAGAAAGGCAGACUUCUUAUAGCUAGGGAGUGUUUUCCAUGCGCCUCACACACACACACUAAUGCAUGGAGUUAGUAUCUGGAGAAGGUUAGAGAGGCAGCAACUUCCUUCUUUGAGUGCGUGGGACGAGAGAGCGGGUGUGUCGCCUUUUGGAAAUUAAUGGACGUACAGUUCAGUGUUUGGUGUGUGACGGACAGUGUCUCAGAGAGAGAGGUAUGUCGGAUGGUAGCCACAACCUUAGGGCUCUCCUGGAAUAAAGUGUUCUCUGUUAUUAGUUCUGAGGAAGAAGCUCUUUCUUUUGGACUAUUGGCUUUCUUCCUCUGUAUUUCUUAUUGUGGCUGGGGUGUGACAGUCGUGGAGUGAACCUGUAAGGAAAAUUAAAGGGGAGACACCUGGGGAUGUAUUGUGAUUCUCAGUUGGAUGAUGGCACAAAGACAGAGAUGAUGAUUAUCCCAGGAUACUGCAGUGACAGAGGAGAGGCUUUCUCCUCACACCCAGCACCCAGACUAAAGCUCAAGAGGGUCAGAUUCAAGGAUCUUCAUGUGCCAGUAGGUGUGAUUGACAAUCCAGACAACAUGGACAGCCUGAAAAGGAACGUAUUGGAACAUAAUGGACGACAGACUCACCAACACCAGGUCUUACAGAGUACUCCAUUGGACCUGAUCGAGAUGGGCAAGUCACUGAGGUUCCAAGCAGAGCACCCCCACCUGGUCAGUCUGGGUAGUGGCCGUCUCAGCACAGCCGUCACCCUGUUACCCCUGCAGGAAGGGAGGACGACCCUGGGCAGUGGGAACACAGACAUCCCUCUGCAGGGUCCAGGCAUCACUGAUCAACACUGCUAUAUCGACAAUAGGGCAGGCAAUAUCACCCUCAACCCCUGUGGGAACCAUUGCUCCAUGGAUGGUCUCCCCAUCUCCAAGCCUGUACACCUUUCACAAGGGUGCAUGCUGUGUUUUGGUCAGUCAGCCUUUUUCCGCUUCAACCACCCAGAAGAGGCCCUCAGAAUGAAGAGCAUGCUGCCUGGAGGAAGCCAGGGGCCCAGCCCCUACAAAAGCCAUCACACAGACUCCCACACGGUGCUGAAUGGGAACCACCAGCCUGCCCCCCAUGAGAGGACCCGUUCCGGCUCUGGCCCACACCCAGGCCCCCUGACCAGCACCAUAGAGAGGGACCUCCAGGACAUCAUGGACUCUCUGGUGAUGGAUGACCCCCAGUCCUCCGGGAAGCUGGCCCACCACCCCAUCCCUCAGUCCCCCCUCUCCCCCAUGCUGAAUGGGGGAGGAUGUUACCUGCUCUACCCUCCCACCAGCCCUGGGGCCAUGUCCAUGGGCUCCAGCUAUGAGAACGCCUCCCCGCCCGGCCCCUUCUCCCCGUUCUCCUCUCCUCUGUCGGCUGCCAGUAGUGAUGCUUUUCCGGGGCCUGAUACUCCUCCAGUGCCUGCCCGCUCCUCCAGCUACACCCUCACCACCCAGACCCCUGUCACCCAGACACGUACCACCCCUCCUGGGGGCUACAGUGGACCUGCUGAUGUGCAGAGGGUCCCGGAGAGCCCCAGGCCUCUGAGGAGGGCCCUAGCGGAGUCCUUGCCAAGCCCCACUGCUUCCCGUAGAGGUGUGGGUCAAGACAGCCCAGUAGGCAGUUCAGAGACUCCUAGAGCAGUACAUGGACCAUCCCACAUCCCAGUCUCCAGCGCCAGACUAAACUCUAAGUUCUCUGGAUGUCAGGCAUCCACGGCCCCCUCCAGCCCUAGGGUGAGGGUGGGUGGCUUAGGCUCUCGUCCUCCCAGCCCCCAGCACCUCUUCCAGGCCCAGUCCCACACAGACAGCCCUCAGCAGACACGUAGGACCCCAGAGCCCUCUGGACCCUACAGUCUGAGGGAGCUACCCCCUCCCAGCCCCUCCAUGUCUCGUAGAGGGGCUUCUCCAGCACAGGGCUCCCUCCAGGAUAGGGGGCUGCGAGCCAGGAGUCCCUCUCCCACCUCCGGGGGAGGCAGGCAGCAGAAGGGCAGCCCGGGUAUCGCCAUUACCCCAGCCUUGGGCUCUCUGUCUGGGUCUGGGACAGGAACUGGGCCCUCUCCUCUCACGAGCCCCCAGGGACAGAGGAAGAAGUCUGGUAGUGCUGGGGCCACCAGGGACCCAGCUGGAGCAUCUAGGGACCCCAAGGGGCCUUUACGGCCCCGGACCCGGGAACGCAAGAACAGCAUCUCAGAGAUCAGUGACAACGAGGAUGAGCUGCUGGAGUACCACCGCUGGCAGAGAGAGGAGAGACUCCGCGAGCAGGAGAUGGAGAAGCUGGAGCGACAGAGGUUGGAGACCAUCCUUAGCCUGUGUGCGGAGUACACCAACUCUCCCCAGUGUCUGGGUGGUGAGACAGGGAGUACAACAGGGCACUUCCCUGGACCAGGGGAGGGGGGCGCUAGAGAGAGACCCUGUACAGAGACAGGUGGUGGGGCGACUCAGCGAGGAGGAGUGACUCAGAGGCAGAGAGAGAGUGACGAGGAGAACCAGAGAGAGGAGUCCAGCAGCACAGAGAGCACUCACCAGGAGCAGGAAGACUCAGGGUCAGGGUUAGGUCUGGGUGUGUCAAGGUUAGGAUCAGGAUCAGGUGUGUCUGGGCGUCAGGAGCAGCAGUACCUGGAGGAGGAGAGGACCAGGGUUCUGUCCAGGGUGGAUAAGCUGAAACACAGAGUCACAGAGCUGGAGCAGCAGCUACAGGAGUCCAGACAGGAGGCGGAGAUGGAGAGGGCUCUGCUGCAGGGGGAGAGGCAGGCUGAGCAGGAGCAGGUCGAGGCAGAGACAAAGAUCAUCUCUCAGCUCCAGUCUAAACUCAGCCAGCUGGACAGGGCCACCCAGAGGGAGAAAGACAAGGGGAGGGCUAAUGUGUCUACUGAGCGGCAGCUGCUGGAGAGACUUCAUGAGGGGUACAGUGAGCUGAAGAGCCAGGUUCAUAACUGUCCUGAAUCUCUGAGGGAACAGUUACAGGAGCAGCUACGGAGGGAGGCAGAUGCGCUUGAGGUGGGGACCAAGCAGUUUGAGGACUUGGAGUUCCGUCAGCUGGAGAGAGAGAGCGGUCUGGAGGAAGAGAAGGAGACGCUCAGCAGACAGCUACUCCUGGAAAGGGCCGAGUACCACCGCAGCGUGGCCAAGAGAAAGGAGAAGAUGGGUGCUCUGGAGGUGCAGGCCAACCAGCUAGGGGUGCAGGCAGCUCAGGACUGUGAGAGGAUGGGUAAAGACAGGACCCUGGCCCUACAGCUGCUUCAUAAAGAGAAGGACAGGCUGUCUACUCUGGAGAAGAGAUACCACACUCUGACAGGAGGACGGAGCUUCCCCAAGCCCUGCAGCACCAUGAAAGAGGAAGUACCAGUGCUGCAUAUCAGCGAACCUGACCUGGUACAGGGGGAGGUUGUCCCUCCUCCACAUCCUCCCUGCCCUCCUCCUGCCUCCUUCUCUUCUUCCUCCUCAUACACCCCCUCCCCUGACCUCUGUCCCACCAGGCCACAGGAGGAGUACCUCAGGCUCGCUGAUGUCUAUAAGAUGUAUGGGAGCGGUGGUCCUCUCCCGACCUACUCUACCUCCCCUGCUCCUCACUGCCUCUCUCUCACUGUUGCUGCAGCAGCUCUGCCCGGCGAGGAAUACGUCACAGUUAGUCAGUUAAGCCAGAUGUUGGGGAUGCAGAAACUUGGCCCCUCCCCCGCACUUUCUAUCCAGUCAUUCCAGCUUGCGCUCGCUGACGCUGCCUUCUCCUGCCACACAACUCCAUGUGACACCUCCCCCACUAUCUCAGUUGAGAGCCAGCCUGAGUGGAUUAGACCUCACAACCCGGCCCUUAACUUAGAGCGCUGGUACCAGGACAUAAUGUCAGCAGGGGAGCCCCACCACCAGUCAUGCCCUCCCCCUCUCCCUGCUAAGUCUCACUCCUCACGCAGACCUAGCCAGGUGUACCGGUCAAAACCAGAUGGUGAUGUAGGUCAGACAGCAUCACGCUCUAGUAGUGUCAAUGGUACUGCCAGCCCUCCACAGUCCAAUGGGGUUACACUGGGCCGAAGCACACCCAUCAAGGGUCUCCAGCUGGUGUCCAGGGAGCUGUCGGCAUCAGGCCCUCCAGACAUGGUGAUGGACACCAGGAGACAGCUGUCACUGCAGAGCAAAGGCCCUUCUCCCAUGGUCCACCACUCAAUCCUGCACCACCAGACACCCCCCUCAGGGGACCCGCAGUACGACACCCUCAGCCUGGAGAGCUCUGACAGCGUCGAGACCUCCGUCUCCACCGGCAACAACUCUGCCUGUUCUCCAGAAAGUGGCAGUGGGCUUGAGGCCCUGAGGAUCGAGGAGAUGGAGAAGAUGUUGAAGGAGGCUCAGCAGGAGAAAGCCAGGCUGGUUGAGAGCAGAGAGAGGGAGGUGCAGGCGCGGAGGCAGAUGUUGGAGGAGGAGCGGAGGAGGCGCGAGGAGGCCGAGAGGAGGUUGCAGGACGAGACGACCCACAGGCAGAGACUGGUGGAGGAGGAGGUGAAGAUGAGAGAGAAGCACUUCUCUCAGGCCCGCCCCAUGACACGCUACCUACCCAUCAGGAAGGAGGAGUUUGACUUGCGUUCGCACGUGGAGUCAUCUGGUCACAACGUAGACACCUGUCCCUACGUCAUCCUCUCAGAGAAGAUGUGCAAGGGACACCUGGUCAAGAUGGGUGGCAAGAUCAAGUCGUGGAAGAAACGCUGGUUUGUCUUCGACCGCCUCAAGAGGAACUUCUCCUACUAUGCUGAUAAGCAUGAGUCCAAGCUGAAAGGACUGAUCUACUUUCAGGCUAUAGAGGAAGUGUACUACGAUCACCUGCGCAGUGCCACUAAGAGCCCCAACCCGUCGCUGACCUUCUGUGUGAAGACUCACGACCGGCUCUACUUUAUGGUGGCCCCAUCUCCAGAGGCCAUGAGGAUCUGGAUGGACGUCAUAGUAACCGGGGCGGAGGGAUACACACAGUUCAUGACCUGAGGGACUGAGCUCUCCGGGUGACAGACCUUCCGACAGGGUUGUGUUUGUUAGGGCAUGUAAUGGAAAAACAUUUUUAAACCAUUUACAACAGAAAACAAAAAUGUUAGUUUAUUUUUGGACAAGUCCUAGUAGUUCCUCUAUGUUUCAGUCCUUCUUCUUCCGUUUGGUGCCUAAUGAACAUGACCCAGGAGAGAGAGAGACCAUGGGCUUGCUGCUCCCAGAUUUCUGUCUGCAGCGCUGCACUCCACUACUGCUGUUCUUUGAGUCCUUGUUUAUUUGGCCUUUAUUUAACUGUGCAAGUCAGUUAAUAAGAACAAAUUAUUUUUUCAAUGACGGCCUAGGAACAGUGGGUUAACUGCCUUGUUCAGGGGAAGAACGACAGAUUUUUACUUUGACAGCUCGGGGAUUCGAUCUUGCAGCCUUUCGGUUACUAGUCCAACGCUCCAACCACUAGGCCUACUUGCCUACAGCAGUCUAAGGCACUAGCUGUGUCACUACAGAUCCUGGUUUGAUUCCAGGCUGUGUCGCAGCCGGCUGCGACCGGAUGACCCAGCGUCAUGGUUUAGCGUUGUCUGGGUUAGGGGAGGGUUGGGCUGGCCGGGAUGUCCUUGUCCCUUCGCUCUCUAGCAACUCCUGUGGUGGGCUGGGCGCAUGCAGUGCGACUUGGCGGGGUCGUGUUUUGGAGGAUGCACAGCUCUCGACUUUCGCCUCUCCCGAGUCCGUACGGGAGUUGCAGCGAUGGGACAAGACUGUAACUACCAAUUGGAUACCAUGACAUUGGGGAGAAAAAGGGGGGAAAAAUAAAGAUGCAUAUGGGGUUUAGAGGGUGUGUGUGUGUGUGUAAGAGGAUAAGAGAUAAGGAUAAGAGCGUCUGCUCAAUGACUAAAAUGUAAAUGUAUAUAUAUAUCUCAGUCACCAGAUCUCAACCCAAUUGAACACUUAUGGGAGUUUCUGGAGUGGCGCCUGAAACAGCGUUUUCCACCACCAUCAACAAAACACCAAGUGAUGGAAUUUCUCGUGGAAGAAUGGUGUUGCAUCCCUCCAAUAGAGUUCCAGACAGAAUAUAUGCCAAGGUGCAUUAAAGCUGUUCUGGCGGCUCGUGGUGACCCAAUGCCCUAUUAAGACUCUUUAUGUUGGCGUCUCCUUUAUUUUGGCAGUUACCUGUAGCUUUCCAGAGGUAGCCCUGGGUCUCAGACCAGUAAAGAUCAUAAAGGAAGAAAGGUUUUUACAUACGAUACUUAAAGGGAUGUGUUUUUACUCACUCUGUUUAAUAUAAUAGUCAGUUUAAGGGCUCUAUUCAAUCCGUAUCGCAGAAGGUCAGCAUUACAGGGUGAUUGAAAUGUAAAGGCAAUGUUCCUGCAUUAGCGGAGACUACAUUCAUGGUAAACGCUGCGUAUGUCGGCUCAGUCUGAAAUUACUUUUAUAUUUCUAACGCUUCAGCGACACAGAUUGAAUAGAGCCCCUAAGCGCUGUAUUUAUAUUAUAGAAUUUUAGCCAGACUAGCUAAAUGAGAGUUUAUACUACCUGACUGUCUCUGGAUCUAUAAAGGGAACUUUAUAAAGACAAUAUGAACAUUUGUAAAGGAUCGUUUCCCUUUUGUUGCCAAAUGUUUUUAACAGAGUGUAUGUGCUACUAUAUUGCCUCUGAAAAUAAUUCCUAUUUUAUUGAAUUUGACUAAUAUUUGAUUAACUAUAAGUCAUCAUAUUAAUGGCAUAUUAUUUAGAUUUCACUCAUUCUGAUGAAAUCUAAAUCUUUGUGCCAGCUAUUGUAUGCUUUAUGUAUGUUUGGUCAGACUGUCAGAAAAAUUGUAUUCGUUUUUUUUAUAUUAUUUUAAAGACUUUUCAUAUGGAAAAUAACAUAACACAAGCACACCAACAUUUAAAACCAGUCUUCUACACCGCGAACAGGGCGGUACUGACAGUGUUGACACUUUCUCCACAUAAACACUUUUAAAUAAAAUUUGCAAAUGCAUAAUUACCAA